CGGUUUUCCGAUGUGGCGGAUGCGAGAUCCAAUGGGAUGUAAAGUUGGCUAAGGCACAGCCAAGCUGCUCCCUUUUCCUUCCAUCCUUGUGGCCUAGCGUGUGGCCGGACAACACACAAAUUGUCACCAUGCUACCGUUCGAGACGCCGAAUAUUUUCGACCAGUUACCACGUUUUGUAUUUAAAAUGCCCAAAGUGGUACCGGACCAAAAAGGCAAGUUCGAGUCCGACGAGUUGUUUCGAAGAUUGAGCCGCGAGAGCGAGGUGCGAUAUACGGGUUACAGGGACCGUCCACUGGAGGAACGACAGAUGAGAUUCCAGAACGGUUGCAGAGAAGGGCACACCGAAGUGGCGUUCGUGGCAACGGGUACCAAUUUGCAAUUGGUUUUCAGCCCGUGUACCAAUGGUUACAGCGAAGGUUGUGAUUUCGAUAAGGAGCAAGGAAAGGUACACGUUAAGUCAAUACUCAUUAUGAAUGGGGUGUGCGUGCGGUACAGAGGCUGGAUGGAUCUGGAACGCUUGGAUGGAGUGGGUUGUUUAGAAUACGACGAGGAGAGAGCUCAGGUCGAGGAUGCGUUACUGAGAGAACAAAUCGAGAGAUACAAUCAACGGUUGAGAGAUUUUGAAGAGAAACAGAGAGCGUUCCGAGCUCAACAGGAGCGACAAGCCGAAGCCGAAGUAGAGGCCAGAAAGAAACAAGCAGAACUAAGUCCGGAUCGUUCUGGCUCCGCAAGCAACUGAAAAAAGAAAAGAGGAUGUCAAAAGAAAGAAAGAAAGGAAGGUGUUUAGUCUGUACAUGUGAAAACAAAACAAAACAAAACAAAUAUUUAUAAUUAAUUUAUCGGAAGAGGUCAGAGACGAUGACGACGAUGACGAUGACGAUAAACUUUUACAAAUUUCUGUGAUUUUUUCGUGAUUGAAAAAUGCUCAUUUAUGUGUAUUUGUAUGGAGAAAACACAAGACAAUUAUCUUCUUCUUUGUUUUCUACCCAUUCCCUCCAUCCCUCCUUCAUCUAUGAUGCAGCUAUGCCUCUCCAAGUCUCAGUUUUAAAAUCCAUACAUUCUCUUUAAUCCCCCCCUCAUCCCCUUGUCAUUCUCCUCCCUUUGGUAACAAAUAAAAUAAAAUAAAUAAAUAAAUAGAAUUUUAAUAUAUGUGAUUUCAAUUUUCGAGACUUGUAGACGGCAAAAUGCAAGCAAUAAUUGUGUAAAACUGUCAUAUAUUUUUUUUUCUCUCUUUAUGUACAUUGUUGACAAUGCUGAUGUCUUGUUGUCUGUUACGUAUUGAUGUCAGAAGUGCUUAUUUGUGACGUCAUUUGUACAGUAAUGUAGAUUAUUAAAAUAAAAUAUAUAUAAA